GGAUUGCGUGUGACCAGAUCCCAUCCAGGGUCUUGGUCUCUCUCUCAUGAGCUCAUUUGCCAGAAGCACACAGAAAUAAACGAUUGCUUAUGAAGAGUGACGGCCAAACCACAGCGGACGGCUGCUGAACUGCAUGUGCCUGUGACAGAAGGACCAGUGCCUUACAAACGCAACUGUCACCGUGGAAGGCUGUUCCCGGUCAGACAUUCAUCCAGAGACUGUCCCAGCUGCGACUGUUCUGAGAGUGCCUUCACGUUGGACCCUGUGUUCUGCUGGCUGGAUUCCCCGGGCGCCAUGAAGCCGCUGCACCCAGCCCUCCACGGCUGCGUCCUGCUGACCCUGCUCAGCGUGUGGAGAGCCACUCCCGAGGCCCAGGCAUUGUCCGCGAACACGCCAGCAGUCAGCGCAGCCUCCUUCCUGCAGGACCUCAUGCAGCGCUACGGCGAGGGCGACAGCCUCACUCUGAAGCAGCUGAAGACCAUGCUGGACCGCCUGAAAGUGGGAGUGUGCCGGGAGAACGCCAGCCAGCCUGAGCAGGCUCCGCGGAACCUGUCGGCGUGCUUCAGCUCCGGAGACCUCUUUGCUGCCCACAACUUGAGUGAGCAGUCCCGGAUCGGGAGGGCAGCGUUCCAGGAGUUCUGCCCCACCAUCGUGCAGCAGCUGGAGUCCCGGGCCUUCGCCCCCGAGAACCAGAAGCACGAGGAGAACAAGCAGACGGAGGAGGGCAAGCCAAGCGCCAUCGAAGUAUGGGGCUACGGUCUCCUGUGUGUGACCGUCAUCUCCCUCUGCUCCCUCACGGGGGCCAGCGUGGUACCCUUCAUGAAGAAGACCUUUUACAAGCGGCUGCUGCUCUACUUCAUAGCUCUGGCGAUUGGAACCCUCUACUCCAACGCCCUCUUCCAGCUCAUCCCCGAGGCGUUCGGUUUCGACCUUCACAAGGAUUAUGUCUCCAAGUCCGCAGUGGUGUUUGGGGGCUUCUAUCUCUUCUUUUUCACAGAGAAGAUCUUGAAGAUGCUUCUUAAGCAGAAAAAUGAGCGUCAUCACGGACAUAACCAUUUUGCCUCCGAGACGCUGCCUUCCAAGAAGGACCAGGAGGAGGGGGUGACAGAGAAGCUGCAGAAUGGGGACCUGGACCACAUGAUUCCUCAGCACUGCAGCAGUGAGCCAGAUGGCAAGGCCACCAUGGCGGACGAGAAGGUCAUGGCGGGCUCGCUCUCCGUGCAGGACCUGCAGGCUUCCCAGAGCGCCUGCCACUGGCUGAAGGGCGUCCACUACUCGGACAUCGGCACGCUGGCCUGGAUGAUCACCCUGAGCGACGGCCUGCACAACUUCAUUGACGGCCUGGCCAUCGGCGCCUCCUUCACCGUGUCGGUUUUCCAAGGCAUCAGCACCUCGGUAGCCAUCCUGUGUGAGGAGUUCCCACACGAGCUGGGAGACUUCGUCAUCCUGCUCAACGCGGGCAUGAGUAUCCAGCAGGCCCUCUUCUUCAACUUCCUUUCUGCCUGCUGCUGCUACGUGGGCCUGGCAUUUGGCAUCCUGGCUGGCAGCCACUUCUCUGCCAACUGGAUUUUUGCGCUGGCUGGAGGGAUGUUCUUGUAUAUCGCUCUGGCUGACAUGUUCCCUGAGAUGAAUGAAGUCUGCCAGGAGGACGAGAGGAAAGGCAGCAUCCUGGUCCCCUUCGUCAUCCAGAACCUGGGCCUGCUGACCGGCUUCUCCAUCAUGCUGGUCCUCACCAUGUAUUCGGGGCAGAUCCAGAUCGGGUAG